CGGUAGUUAUUGGCAACAGGGAUAAAGGAAGUGGAAGAGAAGAAAAAGAAGGCCACGCCCAGAAUGAAAUACUGCAUCCCACAGCUACCCCUUCUAAUAGGAGAGCCAUGAAACCAUCUGGGACUGAGGAAACUAUUUGGAAAGAACAGCCCUGAGUUAAGUCCAAAGGGAAGAAGGGAAUAAGAUUGUCACCAAAACGCUAUAUCUGGACCCAAAGGAAACUCUUGAAAGCGCUAUCUUCAACAACGCCGUGGCAUAGCCAUAAGCUUAUGGAGGAAGAAUGGAUGAAUCCGAGACCCCCCUUGACCCUGAUGCAGUUGAGAACAACAAAGCGAGUGAAGAAAAGAUAGACAUAGAGGAACAGAAAGAUAACGAUGAGCCCAUUGAGGAGGGGCAACACCAAGAAAGUGGAGAUAGCGUCCCUGCAGUGGAAGAAGAUGUUCCUGAGACAGAGGACCGGGUUCCACUGGUGGAGAGCAAAGUGAGCCUUCCCCCAGACCUAAAUGAUCAGAUUGGCUCCGCUCCUGCCAGUAAAACUGGAAGCGUAGUGUCAGUCAGGAAACAGUCAGAAAGUGACCAGCAGCCCCUGGCUCAAGAAGAGCAACCCCCAGGCCAAGAAUCACGGCGUGGCAGUCAAGUUCCUGGUGAAGAAUUGCGGCGUGGCAGUCAGGUUGCUGGCCAAGAAUCGCGGCGUGGCAGUCAGGUUGCUGGCCAAGAAUCGCGGCGUGGCAGUCAGGUUGCUGGCCAAGAAUCGCGGCGUGGCAGUCAGGUUGCUGGCCAAGAACCGCGGCGUGGCAGUCAGGUUGCUGGCCAAGAAUCGCGGCGUGGCAGUCAGGUUGCUGGUGAAGAAUUGCGGCGUGGCAGUCAGGUUGCUGGCCAAGAAUCACGGCGUGGCAGUCAGGUUGCUGGCGAAGAAUUGCGGCGUGGCAGUCAGGUUGCUGGUGAAGAAUUGCGGCGUGGCAGUCAGGUUGCUGGCCAAGAAUCACGGCGUGGCAGUCAGGUUGCUGGCCAAGAAUCACGGCGUGGCAGUCAGGUUGCUGGUGAAGAAUUGCGGCGUGGCAGUCAGGUUGCUGGCCAAGAAUCACGGCGUGGCAGUCAAAUUCUGAGGCAAGAUUCACGUCAUGGCAGUCAACAGCCUGGGCAAGAAUCACGUCGUGGUAGUCAAUCUUCUGUCCAGGGUUCACGUCGUGGCAGUCAAGUCCCAGGGGACAUAUCUCAAGAGCUUCCUGGGCAAGAAUCGCGCCGUGGAACUCAGCCCGCAUUGGAGGAAUUCCAAGAAAAUCAAGAGCUCCCUGGGGAUGGGUCACGCCGUGGCAGUCAGCUCCCAGGAGAAAUAUCUCAGGAGCCUCCUGGCCCAGGAUCACGGCGUGAAAGUCAAUUGGCAACUGAGAAACCUGAGAAAGACCAACAGCUCCUUGGUGAAGAGUCACAUCAUGAUAUUCAGCCACCCAGCCAAGAAUUGCAGAUCUCACAGAGUCGGAAAUCUAUCAGUGAAGUGGAAACCACAGAGAACGUGACUUGGAUCAGCCAAAGAACUGGGAAAGUCAUGAAAUGUGAGAUCCAGCAGACAAGUCGGAUUUGGGAACGCAAGCCACUUGCUGAAAUCCUUCAUCCUUUGACUAGAAUGCUCCCAAAAAUGUCAAGCACAGGGAAAACACCAGUUCACGUACCUUCUGAAGUUACGGAAAAGCCUAUAGCGCCCCAACCCAGCAUCCGAAAGUCACAGGCUGAGGCACCCCAGCCAUCUAAGGAGGAUGUGACUUGGGUCAGCAAAAGAACAGGAAAAGUUGUGAGAUGUUCAGGUCAGCAGACCAGCAAAAUCUGGGAAAAAAAACCUCUUUGUGAAAUCCUUCAACGUUCUGUUCAAGAGCCACAGGUCCCAAAAGAAAUGCCAGAAGAAGUUUUAGUGGUUGAACAAGAGGCCGUUCCACCUAUGGAGACAAAGCCUGAACCAGCUGAAGUGGAAGAAGCUCCUUUCCAAAGUGUAGAAGACAAGGAGCCACAACACGAUGAACAGUUGGUGGAGGAAGAGACAAAAGAGUCUGAAGAGAUUUCUGUCCAUGAGAUACUGCAGACAGAUAGCAAAGUGAGCAUUUUUAAGCAAAAAGAAUUGGUGGACCAAAUAGAGCAGACAGAUAUCAUUCCUGAAAGUGCAACAUUGACCAGAAAACUAACAGGAGAUAGACAGCAGCGGGAGAGUCUCCUGGCAAGGCAGGAAGCCAUAUGGAUGGAACAGCAAGUGGAACCUACCAGUCAAGAGCCAGGAGAGCAACAAGAACCAGAAGGUGAGGUAACUCAGCAGGAACAGGAAGAGGCACCUGAGUCCCAAGAGGACAGCCAAGCACUGGAGGAAGCUGAUGCCCGCAGGGAAAGUCAACCUCAGGAGACAACAGAGUCCCGAAAGGGCAGCCAACAACCAGAGGUAACAGAAUCUAAAGAGGGCAGCCAGCAGGCAGAGGUCACCGAGUCCCAAAAGGACAGUCAAGAGCCAGAGGCACCAGAAGCGCCAGAGGCACCAGAAGCGCCAGAGGCACCAGAAGCACCAGAAGCACCAGAGGCACCAGAACCACCAGAGGCACCAGAACCACCAGAAGCACCAGAAGCACCAGAAGAACCAGAGGCACCAGAGGCACCAGAAGCACCAGAAGCACCAGAAGCACCAGAAGCACCAGAGGCACCAGAAGCACCAGAGGAACCAGAGGCACCAGAAGCACCAGAGGCACCAGAAGCACCAGAGGAACCAGAGGCACCAGAAGCACCAGAAGCACCAGAGGAACCAGAGACACCAGAAGCACCAGAAGCACCAGAGGCUCCAGAAGCACCAGAGGAACCAGAGGCACCAGAAGCACCAGAAGCACCAGAAGCACCAGAAGCACCAGAGGCAACAGAAGCACCAGAAGCACCAGAAGCACCGGAAGCAACAGAGGCACCAGAGGCACCAGAAGCACCAGAAGCACCAGAAGCACCAGAAGCACCAGAGGCACCAGAAGCACCAGAGGCACCAGAGGCACCAGAAGCACCAGAGGCACCAGAAGCACUAGAAGUACCAGAAGUACCAGAAGCACCAGAAGCACCAGAAGCACCAGAAACACCAGAAGCACCAGAAGCACCAGAAGCACCAGAAGCACCAGAGGCACCAGAAGCACCAGAAGCACCAGAAGCACCAGAAGUACCAGAGGCACCAGAGGCACCAGAGGCACCAGAGCCACCAGAAGCACCAGAGGCACCAGAAGUACCAGAGGCACCAGAGGCACCAGAAGUACCAGAAGCACCAGAAGCACCAGAGGCACCAGAGGCGCCAGAAGCACCAGAGGCAACAGAAGCAACAGAAGCACCAGAGGCACCAGAGGCACCAGGGUCCCGGAGGGGUAGCCAAGCACCAGAAGGACCAGGAUCCCGAAAAGGCAGCCAAGCACCAGAAGUACCAGGGUCCCGGAGGGGUAGCCAAGCACCAGAAGAACCAGGAUCCCGAAAAGGCAGCCAAGCAGCAGAAGUACCCGGGUCCCGGAGGGGUAGCCAAGCACCAGAGGCACCAGGAUCCCGAAAAGGCAGCCAAGCACCAGAAGUACCAGGGUCCCGGAAAGGUAGUGAAGCACCAGAUGUACCAGGGUCCCGGAGGGGUAGCCAAGCACCAGAAGUACCAGGGUCCCGAAAAGGCAGCCAAGCACCAGAAGUACCAGGGUCCCGGAAAGGUAGUGAAGCACCAGAUGUACCAGGGUCCCGGAAGGGUAGCCAAGCACCAGAAGUACCAGGAUCCCGGCGGGGUAGCCAAGCACCAGAAGUACCAGGAUCCCGGCGGGGUAGCCAAGCACCAGAAGUACCAGGAUCCCGGCGGGGUAGCCAAGCACCAGAAGUACCAGGGUCCCGGAGAGGGAGUCAAGCACCAGAAGUACCAGGGUCCCGAAGAGGAAGUCAAGCACCAGAAGUACCAGGGUCUCGAAGAGGCAGCCAAUCAGUACCAGGGCCCCGGAAGGGUAGCGUGGCACCAGAGGUAACAGAGUCCCGAAAGAGCAUCCAACAGCCAGAGGUAAUGGAGUCCCGGAGGGGUAGCCAAGCACCAGAGGUACCAGGGUCCCGGAAGGCAAGCCAACAGCCAGAAGUAACAGAGUCCCGGAAGAGCAUCCAAGCACCAGAAGGACCAGGGUCCCGAAAAGUCAGCCAGGCACCAGAGGUAGUGGAAUCCCAAGUGGACAGUCAACAAGCAAAGGUAACAGAAGCUCCAAAGGAGACCCAGCCAGCUAUGCCUCCAUGUGAAAUAACUGAAGAACCCCAUGUUUCUGAAAGUCAGCAUACUCUAGAAGGCUUGAUCUCCUUUAUAGGAGAGGAAAAAGGUAUACAGACCUACAGCAUAAUUUCUCUACAAGAUGGCAUCUGGCUGAACAGAAAAACGGGAAAGUUUUUGGUGAGUCACGGCCAGCAGACAAGGGUCACCUCACUCCUGAGCUUUAGCCAAAUGGCCUCCGAAGGAGAUGAAGGCCUUCUGAAAGUACUUGGUGUUGUGAGUGAAACUGGGGAUGCAGACGCAGCAGGAAGAGUUCAAAAGAGUGAAGCAGUGGCCGAUAAUGACCAGCCACCCACCCAGGACCGAGAAUCCCACCGUGGCAGCCAGCAAACCCCAACGCAAGAGCUGCAGCAGGAUGACCUGAGUCCUGAUGGUCCGGAGCAUCCUGAAGGAGAAGAAACUGCUGUGGAUGAGGCAGAGAAGGACCUGGAAGAAGGAGAAUUUGCUGAGGAUACAGACGACCUGGAUAAACUAAGUCGCCACUUGAGUGCUGCAACUUUGCAGAGCAUAGCUGCCGAGGAAGAAGACGAUAAGAAAUCUCAGCGGACAUACAGUGCUAUUUCCUUACUGGAAGAUGCUUGGCUCAACAAAAGAACCGGGAGGCAAGUGUUCUCCCAGGUCCUACAGACUGAAGAGUCUUCCUUCCACCAAGGAGAGCCUCUGGCUGAGAGCCAAGAGUAGACUGGGGCUCAUGGUGUAACUCCAUUGGGAUAAUAUAUACCAGCCUGAAAGACAAGAAGGCCUUCAUGAUGGUAGUAAUGCUGAAUGCCCAGUCUGUCCAGUGAGUAAUGGACUGUUUUUGAAACUGUAGAGAGACCCAACAGGCAGAAUUUUCUAUAAAGGACAAGUUACCUUGAAGAGUAAGUGUGUUCCGCUGAAAAGAAGGCAGAAGAUCAAAUAGAGUGGGAUGUGUAGGUGCCGGGGAGUUCCAGGGGAAAUGAUGGGCAUCUUUUUGUCUGGAUGACAAUUCCUUAGGCUGGAAGAAGCAGAAUUAAAAACAAGAAUGGGGAAAGAUG